AUGGUAGAAGGGAACUGUAGUGUUGUUAUUCAGAGAAUCCUACCACAAAAAUUCAAAGACCCUAAAAGUGUGACCAUCCCUUGUUCUAUAGGGGUUGUAUCUGUGGGUAAGGCUCUCAUUGAUUUGGGGGCAAGCAUUAAUUUGAGGUCUCUUUCCAUGUGCCGGCGGAUAGGAAACCUGAGGAUUACUCCCCCUAGGAUGACACUUCAACUAGUAAACCACUCCAUCACGAGGCCUUAUGGUGUAGUUGAAGACGUUCUAGUCAAAGUUCGCCAAUUCACAUUCUUGGUUGAUUUUGUAAUUAUGGAUAUAGAGGAGGACUUUGAGAUCCCCUUGAUUUUGGGUCGUCCAUUCAUGCUUAAGACUAAGUGUAUAGUUGAUAUAGGAAAUGGCAACCUAGAGAUGAGUGUGGAGGACCAAAAGGUGAUCUUCAACUUGUUUGAAGCAAUCAAGCAUCUAGUGGCAAUAAAACCUGCUUCAAAGUGGAAGCAGUUGAGCAAGAGGCUAACCUUGUUGUGCAAAGCCUAA